UUCCCAUCUAUGCCUGUCUUUAAUUAGUUUUUCUUUUAUUUAUUUAUUCUUCCAUCUCUUCUUUCAUUCAUCUGUAUUCUUGUUUUACAAAUCCAACCACUCUCCUAAUACUCUGGAGUCUCUAUCCAGUCUGCCCUUGGUCCAUCUUGCCAUACAUCUGUCCACCGUCGCUCCACGCGGUUGAAAAUUAUGGUGGUAUAUUGUGUUGUACUGCCGCUGUCAUGUCCGCCGACAUGUCCGCUCCAUCCGUGAGGAAGAAGAAGUCGUUUGCGCGGACCUCCAAGCCAAGUGUCAGGAUGUGUAUUUGGGAACAGAGGGAUGUCAUAACCAUGUCAUCUUCAGAGGUGUGCUGGCCGGUGCCGAUGCGAGCCAUUGGGGCUCAAAACCUCCUCACCAUGCCGGGAGGAGUUUCCACAGCGGGAUACCUCCACAAGAAGGGAGGCAGCCAGUUCAGCCUCAUGAAAUGGCCUCUGAGGUACACCAUCAUCCACAAGGGCUGUGUGUACUACUUUAAGAGCAGUACCUCUCCUGCACCACAGGGGGCGUUCUCUCUCAACGGCUACAACAGAGUUAUGAGAGCUGCAGAAGAGACAACGUCCAGUAAUGUGUUUCCUUUUAAGAUCGUCCACAUCAGUAAAAAACACAGGACGUGGUUUUUCUCUGCAGCUAGUGAGGACGAGAGGAGGAAAUGGAUGCGAUACCUGCGGAGGGAGAUAGAUCACUAUAACGACAGAAAAGAGUGCCACAUUCCAAGCGACUCAGAUUCAGAUGCUGACAGUUUCUACGGCACGAUUGAGAAGCCCAUGGAUAUUAAACACCCCGUGGAUAACGCAGAAGAUGAUUAUGCUGAGGAUGAUGAUGAUGACGAUGAGGAAGACUAUCUGAAGCCAGACGGUGACAGUUCGCAGACAUCCACAGCUCGACCCACGGGGCCGCCCCCCACCUAUCCUCCUCCUCCAGUGCCGGCAACAUUCCAGGUCCGUCAAGACUCCAGUUCAGGUUCUUCCAAAGGAGCACCUCCUCCCAUUCCGUCGCUACCAAGAAAUCCAACCAGCCUGCUCCCCAAAAAGCCCCUGCCCUCUGUCCCCCCUUCCUCCAUACUAAAAGACCCCAACAAAGGCCAGCCUCCUCCUGUCCCAUUUGCCCCGCACCUGCUGCAGAAGUCCUUCUCCUCUAUCCCCCCGACUCCUCCGCCCCCAAACACAAAGAAAACUCUUCAGAGCAGGGCGACAUCCGUAGGGGGGAUCGGGAACGACAAGAGAGACUGGAGGCCUUUGCCAGCCACAUCGGUCCAAUCUCCCGCCACUCUGCCUAUCUGCAACCAAUUAGAGACCAGAAUGGUCCUAAAUGGUCCCAUACACUCCUCUCUUAAUGCUGGAGGGAGCCAGUCGCUGGGCAACAACCACCACGGGUUGAUAAGCAACCACCGCAGCAAGCCGAGCAUACCGACCCCUCAUUCUGCGAAUCUUCUAGGGUCCCUCAACCAGACGUCCUCUAUUCACCCACCACUGCCUAGCCACCCUCCAGUAUCUCCUCUUUUGAAAACUGGACUACACAAUAAGCCAGGAACACACAAACCUCCUCUACCUACAGCCAAACCCACACUGCCUGGAGCCAAGUCCAAGCCAGGAACCCCACUUCAAAGGGCAUCUCCAGAGGGCCAAAGCUUCCGUUCACUGGGAGACGAGGCACCCACAGAGUUCAGGAAGCAGCGAGACUUUACCAAACACAGCAAAGGAGACGACUCUGAUGAGGACUAUGAGAAUAUCCAGCUGCCAGACUCUGUGUUCAUCGACACAACUGAAACCAGCUUCGUAGAAAAGUUAUUCAGAGAGAGCUCAAUCCCACCACUGGACGGACUGUAUGGCAUCAGAAACUCAGGAACCAAAACAUCAAAGGUGCUGGUGGUGUGGGAUGUCGCUAUAGGCAAAGCCAGAAACUACCGGCUGUUUGCAGAGGAGGACCACAUCUUUCUGGACAGCGAAGUGACCUUCCCCACUCUGUCAGCUCUGAUCGAACACUACUACAACCAUCCUCUUCCUCACCACGGCUCGCUCUGCCUGCAGAAGCCCUACACAAAGACACUGAUCUUCUGAUUGACACAGUCAACAUACAAAAAUACAACUGAGACCAAUGGACACAAAAAGCAAAGGAGAACAGAGACUAGGGGCGUCUCUGCAUCUGGAAUCCAUCAACAACAUAAGCUCACUCACAGAUGAAAUCCUUUUCUCAUCUGUUGCAGCAGCAGACUGCAGCAUAAAGCUUCAAGGUAAACAACAAGGACAGUAACUUCUCUAAAAUUCAGGCUGCUAGGACACCAGCUAGUGUGUGUGUAACUUAUGUCAGUCGUGAUGACAGGAAAAGAAACCAUUAGUGAUCAAGAGUUAAUGGAACAUAGUUCAACUUGAAGACAAACUAGACUCUUCCCGCAGCAGGCCAUGCUAAUCCGCUUUUGUACACUGAAAACAUCAGUUACUGUAAAUACACAUCAAUUUUUAGGGGGAGAUAUUAGUUACGACAAAGAUAAAGCUUUCUAAAAAUCUAGCAAACUCUUUUAAUGGACAAGAGGUCUUAAUUAUUCAGACACCUGGUCUGUUUUUGAAACACCUCUGCUGCUUUAAUGCAAACUGAAGAAUCUGUGUUUGCAGAUUCAGAUGGAUGUGAUAUGUUUUGUCCACAGAGGGGCGCUGUGACACCAAAUUACAGCUUUAAAUUCGGGUUCAUGUGGGAUCCUGAUAAGCUCUGUUUACCAGCGUUUCCUGUGGGUCAUACCCAAUGCCCACACUCGUCCACACAUCUCCUGUAGAAGCCAACUGUAUUUACACAUGCUUUACCACAGUUUAUGGUUUAUAUUUAGGAAAGGAUUUCUCAAAAUCGCAAGUGAUAUAUUGCAUAUUUCUUUUAGCAAUGUCAGAUAUGUAUGCGCUAUUAUUCUCCAAGUCUCAUCAAAAUGAAUAGAUUAUUGCUAUUAACAGAUAACCACCUCUGGAGGUUCGGCCACAACUGCGUUUAGUUUUAGUUUCAAAUGACACAGAUACACUGAACCUCAACGUCAUGAAUUGUCUUUAUAUUUUUCACAAACUUUCAGCCUCUUGUCCAGACCAGACCUUGAACCUCAAACUAAUUUAGUGUCUCUAACUCAUUUAGUGUGCUGAGACAAAAGACUGUGGGAGUCAUUUCUGACUCCCAAGCACUCUCAGCACUUUAGCACACUCCCUUGAAAUUUUCAGCAUUGUUGAGCCCAAAGCCCAUAACAAGAGGUUCAAAAAAGUUGCACAUUUUAAAAGGAGUGUUCCACAGUGUUGUCCUUGGAAGGUGGAAAAAUCAUCUCACUUAUUAACUCAGACCCCACGUGUUGCAUCAUAUUUGGCUGAACAUGAAGGAAUAUGAAUUUUCUUUGUUCUCAACUGCCAAAAUGUUGAGAUCCUGCAAAUACAGUUUGUACAGCACUGACUUUAAUGUUGUAAAUCACUCUAUAUUUAUAUGUAAAUGCUGUAUGUACUGUAAAAACUAUGCCUGUAAAAAUGUAAAUAUAUUGUUUUCUACAGAAUUAUAUGUUGACAAUGUAUAAAGUAUUACUCAGACGCU